AUGUGCAGAAUCAAAUAUCAAUUUGAAAACGAAACUAAUACUGAUUCUCCGUCUAAUUUACCCAUAUUAUUCAUUAAAUUUCGAUUUGAUACAUUGUUUAUUGGUCGAGUUGAUGAACAAGAGCGAGUUCAUAGCAGAUCACUACAGAUCAAACUUUUCCAUUCAGCUACAUACAUGUCACCGGAAAAGUUUUACCGUGUUUUGGAAGAUAAUCUCUGCAAAAAAUUAUGGGGUGAAGUGUUUGAUGAGAAUGAUCGUCGAGUUUUCAUUGAAGAUAUGAUUGAAGAAAUUCAUGAAAUUAUUGGCGAUGAGUGUAACAGGGGUCGCCAACGCUUGGAUGUGAGCGUUCAUAUGAUUUUAUUCGUAUCAGACUUAGUGAAGCUGAUAUGGAAAAUGGAGAACGAUGAGAAUGCUGAUUGUAUCAUUUGUUUCGAAGAACUUGGAAAGGAGAGGGAGAGAAUAUGCAUGCCAUGCUCACAUAUGUUUCAUGAAGAUUGCAUUACAACUUGGCUACAGAUCGGACAUUCUUGUCCUAUUUGUCGUUAUGAUCUCCGAGCUAUAUAA